AUGGUACUGACGCUUUCUGGAUCUGCUCUGCUCAGCUCCGCCUCCAGGAUCUUUCUCCAGCAGCGGGCGCCUGUUAAGCACUUGCACACGAGCGUGAAGAACCAAUAUGCAGCAGCUUCUAAAGCCAAUUCGCCCCCUCCUGCUGAGGGAUUCAUGCCCGGUGUUGCCAACUCAAAGCUAAUUAAGAACACGCAUCACGAAGCCUUGAAGAAUCCUGAGCUUGCCAGCGUCGCCAAUGGAGAGACCAAGAAGAUGAACACAUUCCAGGCGGUCAACGAUGCCAUGGGUAUUGCCCUGGCUACCGACAAUACUGCCUGUGUCUUUGGAGAGGAUGUGGCCUUUGGAGGCGUCUUUCGCUGCACAAUGGGCCUCGCAGAGAUGUUUGGUCGCGAUAGGGUUUUCAACACGCCCUUGACAGAGCAGGGUAUUGCUGGAUUCGGUAUCGGUAUGGCCGCCAUGGGUUCGACCGCCAUUGCCGAGAUCCAGUUCGCAGACUACAUCUUUCCAGCCUUUGACCAACUGGUCAACGAGGCUGCCAAGUAUCGCUAUAGAUCUGGUGGCGAGUUCAAUGUCGGUGGAUUGUGUAUUCGAACCCCAUGUGGUGCUGUCGGACACGGUGGCCACUACCACUCGCAGAGUCCCGAGGCCUACUUUGCACACACGCCCGGUCUCAAGGUCGUGAUCCCACGCAGCCCCAUCCAGGCCAAGGGUCUACUCCUGGCUUCUAUCCGUGACCGUAAUCCCGUCAUCUUUAUGGAACCCAAGAUCCUUUACCGUGCCGCAGUCGAGAUGGUUCCUGUGGGUGAUUAUGAGUUGCCGUUGGGCAAAGCCGAGAUUUUGACCGAGGGCAAGGAUCUGACGAUUGUCGGAUGGGGCGCACAGCUCUACGUCCUCGAGAACGCGAUCCAGCUGGCCAAGUCGAGGAUGCCGGGCCUGUCGGUCGAGUUGAUUGACCUCCGUUCGAUCUUGCCCUGGGAUGUCGAGGCCGUCUGCAACUCUGUAAACAAGACUGGACGUCUCUUGAUCGCCCACGAGGCCCCCAAGACCCAGGGCUUUGCAGCCGAAAUUACCAGCACUGUUAUGGAAAGAUGCUUUUUGCGUCUAGAGGCUCCCAUCCAGCGUGUGACCUCUUAUGAUAUUCCUUUCCCAUUGAUCUUUGAAAAGUUCCAUGUCCCCGACAUGAUCCGCUGCGUUGAGGGUAUCGAACAUGUCAUGAAGUUCUAA